GACAGGCCCCGAAGAAGAAAGUGAGGAUGAUUCUCAUCUCGAGGGCAGAGAUCCUGACACUUGGCAUGUUGGUUUUAAGAUUUCGUGGGACAUAGAGACACCUGGCUUGGCAAUACCCCUUCACCAAGGAGACUGCUAUUUUAUGCUUGAUGAUCUCAAUGCCACCCACCAACACUGUGUUUUGGCUGGUUCACAACCUCGGUUCAGUUCCACCCAUCGAGUGGCAGAGUGCUCUGCAGGAACCUUGGAUUAUAUCUUACAGCGCUGCCAGUUGGCUCUGCAGAACGUCUGUGACAAUGUAGAUGAUGGUGAUGUCACUUUGAAAUCCUUUGAGCCUGCGGUUUUGAAACAAGGAGAAGAAAUUCACAAUGAGGUGGAGUUUGAGUGGCUGAGACAGUUUUGGUUUCAAGGCAGUCGAUACAAAAAGUGCACUGAUUGGUGGUGUCAACCCAUGGCUGAACUGGAGGGACUGUGGAAGAAGAUGGAAGGUGUGACAAAUGCAGUGCUUCAUGAAGUUAAAAGAGAGGGGCUCCCCGUGGAACAAAGGAAUGAAAUCUUGACUGCCAUCCUUGCCUCGCUCACCACCCGCCAGAACCUGAGGACGGAAUGGCAUGCUAGGUGCCAGUCCCGAAUUGCCCGAUCUUUACCCGCGGAUCAGAAGCCAGAAUGUCGGCCGUAUUGGGAAAAGGAUGAUCUUUCCAUGCCUCUGCCGUUCGAUCUCACAGACAUCGUUUCAGAACUCAGAGGUCAGCUUCUGGAGGCAAAACCCUAGAAGGAGCACAAGUCUUAGGUGAAGGAGGAAAAGAUCUCUUUGGUUUUCUCCUCCAACCUUGUCAUGGGCUUGCACAAGGGCAGUGUAGACAGACUUCUUUUGGCCCUUAGAUUGUGGAACCUGGGUCCCAGUUCAAAAUAGCUAGAGAAUGGAACCCAUGAGUGUUCAAAUGUUUUUAAAUGACAUAGUGUUAUAGUCUGGUUUGGUAUUAAACAAGAACUUCCCCAAAAGAAAACUAUUUCCCACUUGGAUUUUUUAACAUGAACCAUUUAGCCUGCAAGUGCCAAAAAAGGCAACAGGGAUGAGCCCAGCCAGUGACAAAGCCUAACCUGCUUUCCUCCUUCCAAGCCUAUUCAGAGACUCUAGAGUGGACCUAGUCAUCUAAAAAAAGACAGAGACGUGCAUCCCAAUUUCUUACUGCACCCUCUCGAGGCUAUGCUGUCCAAUAUGGUAGCCACUAGCUAGCUGUGGCUACUUAAAUUUAAAUUCAAUUUUAAUUUUAAUUAAGAAUUUAGUUUCUCAGUUGCCCUAGCCACAUUUCAAGUGCUUAAUAGCCACAUGCGGCUAGUGACUACUGUGUUGGACGGCACAGAUACAAGACGUUUUCAUCAUUAUAGAAAGUGCUAUUGGACAAUGCUUUUAUAAAAAGUUUGAGAACAGGAAUUCUCUUUUCCAAUUCUCUGUAGCCUCUAUCCCCAUAGGAAAAAGCAAUUAAAAGAGAAAUGACUCACUGCAAAGUAGCCUGUUUCCCUUCUCUGAGACAAACCUAAGUAAAAGCCUGAGUGUGCACACAGGAAUGGGGAGUUGUUAACAAUUAAAGUUGACAUCCUGUCUUUAGGGAGUUUCUCUGAUCUAAUGAAAGAGACACAGCCCCAUUUAUAUUGUCAUGAAUUUAGCCAGCAUGGUAUAGUUUUUUUCUAUAAUUCCCCCAUUCAUAUGUAAUGACAGGUAGAAUCGAGGCUUGCAGAACCCACUGGAGUGUCAGAGAGACCAUGAAGAGUAGAAGUUAAAACAUGGGCUCUGGUUUCAAAGUAUCUGGAUUAAGACUCCUGCUAGCUUUGUGACCUUUGGGAUGUUGUGCCUCAGUUUCCUCAUCUGUAUAAUGGGGAUAUACUAAAGGUACCAACUCCCAAGGUAAGGAUUAAGUGAGGUUUCUAGCUACACACUUAGAACGAUUUCUAGCACAUAAAUAUCCAAUAAAUAUUAGUAUUAUUGUAUAUCAGUAAGCUGACCUGUAUGUAGACAUUUUCCUCUCCCUUCCCCAAUCCCUGUGCCAGUUUUGUCUCGUGAUGUCAGUAACACAUCUCUACCUUUCUGGCCUGGCUCCCGCCCUUUGGUGUGCCCAGAAAUCACGAGAAUAGUGAGCCCAUGUCAUCAGCCUCUUGCCUUCUCUUGGAGUUGUUCAAGUAGAGCUUUUGCCCACGGAGAGGUGCUCUGAGAACACUCUCACUCCUGCCCUCCAGCUCUCAUUUUUUCACAGUAUGUGUUCCUGUCCAUGGAGUUAAAAGCCACAGAAAAGUCACGUGACACACAGCAGCCGGGGUCGCGUGGUACUGAGACUUCGGUCUCUCGGACCUUGGAUUAAUUCUGUGAUGUCUUUUAGCUUUGAUUUCCUCAUCAGUAGAAGAGAGGUGAGGCACUACCUUGUGGGGUCGUUGUAGAGACUGAAUGAAAUAACACAGGUAAGGAGCGCGUGGCACAUGGAAGUCACAGACUGGGCACCCUCGGGCCACCUAGCCCAGUCUUUUAUUUAGCCCCAUGAUGUUUGUUCUUUGUUAUAUUUCAUUAGGUGCCAAUAUUUAAACAUUGGGGGAUUUUGCAUAAAAUAAGAAUGUCUGCAUUCUCUUUAGAAUCCAGAACACCGAGCAGUCCCAGGCCCCCUCCUAGCAUGGCACAAGCUCAGUAGUGUCCUUCCGCUGUGAGGCGGGUGUGAACCCUCCCGUGGUUUGCCGUGGGCCCUGUUGCUCCCUAUUAUCAUCUAUUGUCAACCUGACCUGCUUCACCCCUUCAUAUCAGCACUCUCCAAACCUGCCUGCUUGCACCCCUACAGUAGAAAUAAUGUUUAGUGUUCGCCCCAAUGUAUGUGUAUUGCUAUUGAACUGUAUCUGUGGACUGCUUGUACUAAUAUGUCAUGUGCACCAUAAAAUAUUCAUACACAAUAAAAAUAUUAAAAGGAUGAGAUAAAAAACCAA